UUCCUUCAGGUGGCCGUAAAAAUGGAGUGGAUGGGUGAAGAGCCACGACCCGUGGACUUAUCCGAUGAAGAGCCCACUGUUUUCAAAGCCUACCUACAGUGGCUAUACACCAAGCAAGUCCCUCUUGAGACAUACACUCAUGCCCGGAGCGAUGGCCAAGACGAGGAAGCAAUCAAUGACGAACUCUUAGCUCAAUGCUAUGUCCUCGGAGAGAAACUUAUGGACUCGAAAUUCCAAAACGCAGUCCUGGAAGUCUUCAUCAACAACGAGCGCCAUUGGCCGAGCAACAGGGCUAUAUGCAUACUGUACAAGGGCACCGGAAGCAGCUCGCCGGCGCGCAAGUUAAUGGUGGACUUCUGGGCCUGGCAAGCGGAGCCGGACUGGGUUAGGUUGGAUAACCUUAUCAAGAACCGUGAGUUCGUGGCUGACUAUUAUGUA